CCCUUAGAAUAUAAUAAUCAUAAAAUCGAAUCUGUGUAGUUUAUUCUCCAUGAUCCCAAAUCUUCUUCCCUCUCGAUAUUUCUCUCUUCAAAAACCCUAGUCAAGAUAACUAGAAAUCAGAGAUAAUGAGCAUAGAGCCUUUCAACAGGUUGGUGAGGCUCGCUGCUCGAGCUUUUUACGAUGACAUCACGAUGAAGGGCGAUAAUCAGCCGAAGACGGGUAGAGGGGACAACAGAGGGAUGGCCGUCGUCGUCCUCGAUGCUCUCACUCGGCGUCAAUGGGUCAGAGAGGAAGAUCUAGCCAAGGCUUUGAAGUUACAUUCAAAACAACUUCGUCGUACUUUAAGAUUUUUUGAAGAAGAGAAACUAGUAACCAGAGAUCAUCGAAAAGAGAGUGCCAAAGGUGCAAAGAUAUACAGUGCUGCAGUUGCUGCCACUGCUGAUCAAAAGAUAACUAAAGAGGGUGAAGAAAAAAUGAAGAUGCAUACCCAUUCCUAUUGCUGUUUGGAUUAUGCCCAGAUAUAUGAUGUUGUUAGGUACCGAAUACACAGAAUGAAGAAAAAGCUGAAGGAUGAGCUAGACGACAGGAAUACUGUCCAAGAAUAUGUAUGCCCUAACUGUGGGAGGAGGUAUUUUAAUUUUCUAUUUGUGAAGCUAAACUUCAAUAUAUGUCUACUUAUAAAUAAAUGUAGGACAUUCUGUAUGCUCAGAUUUUCAGCUUUUGACGCACUUCAACUUGUGAGCCCAAAUGACGAAUAUUUUCAUUGUGAAAAUUGCAAUGGUGAACUUGUUGCUGUGAGUGAUAAGCUUGCUGCUGAAGAAAUGGGAGAUGGGGAUGAAAAUGCGAGAAGGCGGCGGCAAGAAAAGAUGAAGGACAUGCUUCAGAAGAUUGAGGAGCAGCUGAAGCCUUUGACUUUGCAGCUUGCAAGAGUAAAAGAUCUACCAAUUCCUGAAUUUGGAACUCUUCAAGCUUGGGAAGCUAGAGCAAAUGCAGCUGCUCGUAUCAGCGGUGAUUCCAGUGCUAAUGAUUCCUCAAGAUCUUCUCAAGCACAAGGAUAUGCUGGAACACCAAUGCCUUUCCUUGGUGAAACCAAGGUUGAAGUUGCUUUAUCUGGUGUUGAAGCAAUAGAAGAGAGGGCUGUGGCUGAUACUAAACCUACAUCCGUGAAAGUUCUACCUCCAUGGAUGAUCAAACAAGGAAUGAAUCUGUCAAAGGAACAGCGUGGAGAAGUUAAGGCUGAGCUUAGCACUGAUCAAAUGUCACAACCUGAUGAUGAGAAGAAAGCAAAAGCUGAAUCUGAAGACGAAAAGAGUUUCCAGGAUGAGUAUGUCAAGGCUUACUACGCUGCUCUAGUGCAACGGCAGGAAGAACAAGCAGCAGCAUCCAAGAGAGCACAGCAGGUAGAAAACAAUGGCACAUCUACUUCUUACCUCUCAAAUGUUGUUUCUGAAACACCAUCUGAGCGUCAAGUUGGCAUGAAAGAAAAAAGAGAGGAGGAUGAUGAUGUUGAAUGGGAAGAAGCUCCUCCUGCAGGUAAAGCCUUCAAGGUGGCGGACUUGAACAUCCAAGCUGACUAUGCCGAUGCUUCUGGUGGUGAUGAUGAUGAUGGCAUAGACUGGGAAGAAGGCUGACCCUUGAAAGGAAGAUUGUAGGACAUUUCAGCUUGGUUGCAGAAGUUAUGGGGAAGAAGCUCCUAGUGUCAAGCUGCAUGUGCUGUGAAUAUUUACCUAUAAUCUUGUAGGCCUAACUGUAGGCAAUUGAUCCAAAGAUAUUCUAAGGUAGACUGCUGUGCAUAAUAUUCUCAGCAUGAAAUUGGUAAAGAAUGUAAUAUAAGGUUUUAGCGAGGCUUGUGAGUCCCAACGUGUGAAUGCGCGUUGAACGUAGAUCGGAAUGAUGGGAUUGCCGUUUAAAAUCAAGAAAUUGCUUGAAUAUUUUAUUUA